AUGGUUUCCAACUUGACGCAUUUCACCGAAACGCGCAACUUGGGCCGCCGUUCGUACAACCGGACGGUGCCCGUUGAACCCGGCGGCAUCACCAUCGUCGCCAACAGGGGUACCAUUACCCGGGCCAUUCUGGGCGAGAAGCUGGUGUACAAGACAGGCACCAAGUACCUCUACCCGGACCUCAACUUCAUGACGCUGAUGCUGGCCGUGGAAAAGGUCACAGGAAAGAAGCUCGACGACAACAUCUACGAGAACACGUCCCUGCUGCGCAUGCACAGCAGUACCUUCUUCAACCGGGGCAAUGUCGAGGGCCCUGAGUUCAAGUACUACAAAGCAAAUAGCCGCGCAGGAGCUCCAGAUUUCGGUCGAGAGAAACGUCCCCGGGCUCCCACAGCGGCCGUAGCCUGUGCAUGGAACCGUCCACGACGAGAAUGCCUGGGCGCUGGACGGCGUCUCGGGCCGCGCCGGACUCUUCUCCACAGCCUGUGA